GGUUAGGGGACACAUGCAUCCCCAAUCCACAGUCAUGGGUGUCCCCAUUUGCUGGGUGUGGUAGGAACCAAAGCCUCUGAGGCCUCCAACAUCUACAGAACCCUUCCUGCAUCAGUUCAUCUGGAGCCUCACAUGGGAACCAGGGACUAGGUAGCAGAGGACAGAAAGGAGAACUAAGCAAGAGGACAUUCUACCUUCUAGAAGGGACGGCUCCUUCUCAACCUCUUGGCCCUGGUGCAAGUGGCAGCUGAGCUGAAGAAAUGAUUCCCAGAGGAAUAAGAUUGUGGGUGUUUUCAGCUCUGCUCCUCUCUCAGGUCCCAGGCUGUGUCCCUCUACAUGGCCCCAGCACUGUCAUGGGAACUGUGGGGGAAUCGCUGAACGUGUCAUGUCAGUAUGAGGAGAAAUUCAAGACUAACAAUAAAUACUGGUGCAGAGUGUCACAUAUACUAGUAUGUGAAGAUACUGUUACGACCAAGAGCUCUCUAGAAGAAGCUAGGAAUGCCCGAGUGUCCUUCAGGGACAAUCCAGACAACCUCACCUUCACAGUGACCUUGGAGAAACUCACCCUGGAGGAUGCAGGCAGCUACUGGUGUGUGGUGGGUAUACAACUUCCCUUUGGCCACUUGAAGACUGAAGACUUCUUACAGACCAACGAGUUCUUUGAGAUUGAGAUGUCAGUCGUCCCAGGUUCAAGCCCUUGGAAUGGUACAGAUGUCCUGGAGUCCCCCACAUCAUCACCGGUACACACUCAGCCCAGGGUGACCACAGACGACACAAUUGCUGCUCCCAGCCCACAGCCUCGGUCUCUUCUGAGCAGCUUCCACUUCUGUGUCCUGGUGUUUCUGGAGUUGCCCCUGUUCCUUUGCAUGCUUGCUGCUGUCCUCUGGGUGAACAGGCCUCAGAGGUGCUCUGGAGGAAGCAGCACUGGGACCUGUUAUGAGAACCAGUGAAGUCUGCUGACAUCAAGGCCCUGUCCCUGGACACAGCUCCGCAGGUGGCCGAGGAGAACCAGAAAACCUGUGUUUUUGAGAAUACUCUGAGACUUUUAGAAGAUUCUUUGUGCUGUAUCAAACACAUAAAAAGAGUGUACC